AUGAAACAAGCUCAAGAUCGACAAAAGAGUUAUGCGGACAAACGAAGGAGACCCUUGGAAUUUGAUGUAGGAGAUCAUGUGUUCUUGAAGGUGACUCCGAGGUUGAGGUUGAAGGGACCAUUUAAGACGCGUAAGCUUAGCCCGAGAUACGUGGGACCUUAUCAGAUCAUGAGACGGAUAGGUGAAGUUGCAUACCAGUUAGCGUUGCCUCUUUCACUAUCAGGGAUGCAUGAUGUUUUCCACGUGUCUCAGUUGCGGAAGUUUGUGCCAGAUUCGUUUCAUCCUGUAUUACUCGACACGAUUGAAGUAGAGCCAGACCUUUCUUUCCAACCGCAACCUUGUCUUAUCUUGGAGUAUGCUAGUAAGUCUUUGAGAAGCAAGGAGAUACCUCUUGUCAAGGUGUUGUGGGAAGAGUCGCGUCCUGACGAAGCUACUUGGGAGCUCGAAUCAGAGAUCUGGGAGUUGUGUCCUCACCUGUUCUGGUAA